AUGCGACACGUCAAUCUCACACAGCAACUAUCGUCGUCCGCGUCGGCAUCGCCACAAGACAUGACGGCGACGGCGACGGGCCAUGAGGUGCCGACCGAAAUUGGCAACGGCAACGGCAACGGCAACGGCCCCUCACGACGUCGCACAACCAAGGAUACGACCUCGGACGAGACGCGCAACGGUGGUACAACAGUCGGCAGGAAGCUCGGGGCUUCCCCGCAGAGAAAGUACCGCCACAUCGCGGCCGUCCAUUGCAAGUCGAGGCCGUCCUGCCUGAGCCAUGAUUCGGAUGCCGCUCCUAGCUUCAUUGGCUUCAGGAACCUCAUGGUCAUUGUGCUCGGUAGCGUGCAGAAUACGAACUCGCCGCCGCACUCGCCGCCGCUGACGCCUUUGCCACGCCUCCAGUACGGUGUCUUGAUAUGCAUCCGCUGCCACGCCUACACGAAGCAGGAUAUCCUCGUCGGCGGCUUCCUCUACUUCCUCAUCCCCUGCCACCUCGUCGCCGCCUACCUCAUCGAGCUCGUCGCCGCCAGACAUGCCGUCGGCACCCAGAAGCGCACCAAGAACGGCGCGGCUCGCCCUUCCGAGGCCGAUCGCAAGGAGUUUCACGCCACCUGGAUACUCGCGGCUUGGCUUCACGCCGUCAACAUCUCCCUCGCCCUCGUCUUCACCACCUACGUCGUCUACUUCUACAUCCACCACCCGCUCAUCGGCACCCUGACCGAGAUGCACGCCAUCGUCGUCUGGCUCAAGACGGCCUCCUACGCCUUCACCAACCGCGACCUGCGCCACGCCUACCUGCAUCCCGUCAAGGGCGAAAGCCUGCCGGAGCUGUACGCCGAGUGCCCCUAUCCCCGGAACAUCACCCUCGGCAACCUCGUCUACUUUUGGUGGGCCCCGACGCUCGUCUACCAGCCCGUCUACCCCCGGACCGACAAGAUCAGGUGGAUCUUUGUCCUUAAGCGCCUCGGCGAGGUCUUCUGCCUCAGCGCCUUCAUCUGGUUUGCGAGCUUCCAGUACGCCGCCCCCGUGCUGCUCAACUCGCUCGACAAGAUCGCCUCGCUCGACUUUCCCUCCAUCCUCGAGCGCCUGCUGAAGCUGUCGACCAUUUCCCUCGUCAUCUGGCUCGCCGGCUUCUUCGCCCUCUUCCAGUCCUUCCUCAACGCCCUCGCCGAAAUCCUGCGCUUCGGCGAUAGGGCCUUCUACGACGAUUGGUGGAACAGCGAGAGCCUCGGCUCCUACUGGCGGACCUGGAACCGGCCCGUGUACACGUACUUCAAGCGGCACGUCUACAUGCCCAUGAUCGGCAGGGGCUGGAGUCAUCGCACCGCCAGCUUUGUCGUCUUCUUCCUCUCCGCCGUCCUUCACGAGAUUCUCGUCGGCGUCCCCACGCACAACAUCAUCGGCGUCGCCUUCCUCGGCAUGUUCCUCCAGCUGCCCCUCAUCGCCAUGACGGCGCCCCUCGAGAAGAUGAAGCUAGGAGACGGCGGCAAGCUCUUUGGCAACGUCAUCUUCUGGGUCUCCUUCACCAUAUUCGGCCAGCCCUUUGCCGCCCUCAUGUAUUUUUACGCCUGGCAAGCAAAGUACGGGAGCGCGAGCAGGCAGAUACCCCAACCGCUGGGUCGCAUAUAG